UAACCUUCUGGGAGAAAAACCAAGGCAGCAAGUUGUUCAACCACCUGUUAGCUGUCAGCGAAAGUAUCCAGGCCCUGGGUUGGGUGGCUGUGGCACCCAAGCCUGGUCCCUAUGUGAAAGAAAUGAAUGAUGCUGCCAUGUUUUAUACAAACUGAGUCCUCAAGGAAUACAAAGAUGUCAAUAAGAAGCAUGUGGACUGGGUCAAAGCUUACUUGAGUAUAUGGACAGAGCUACUGGCUUACAUUAAGGAGUCCCAUACCACUGGACUGGCCUGGAGCAAAACAGGGCCUGUGGCAAAAUAACUGAGCGGAUUGCCAUCUGGACCUUCUGCUGAAUCAGGUCCUCCUCCUCCCCCACCAGGCCCACCUUCCCAACCAGUCCCCACCAGUUCUGGCUCAGAUGAGUCUGCUUCCCACUCAGCACUGUUUGUACAGAUUAAUCAGGGGGAAAGCAUCACACAUGCCCUGAAACAUGUAUCUGAUAACAUGAAGACUCACAAGAACCCUGCCCUGAAGGCUCAGAGUGGUCCAGUACGAAGUGGCCCCAAACCAUUCUCUGCACCUAAACCAGGAGUCAGCCCAUCCCACAAAGCAACCACAAAGAAGGAGCCAGCUAUACUUGAACUGGAAGGCAAGAAGUGGAGAGUGGAAAAUCAGGAGAAUGUUUCCAACCUGGUGAUUGAUGACACAAAGCUGAAACAGGUGGCUUACAUAUACAAGUGUGUCAAUACAACAUUGCAAAUCAAGGGCAAAAGUAACUCCAUUACAGUAGAUAACUGUAAGAAACUCGGUCUGGUGUUCGAUGAAGUGGUGGGCAUUUUGGAGAUAAUCAAUAUUAGAGCAAAGUUCAGGUAAUGGGUAAAGUGCCAGCCAUUUCCAUCAACAAAACAGAUGGCUGUCAUGUUUACCUGAGCAAGAAUUCCCUGGAUUGCGAGAUAGUCAGUGCCAAAUCUUCUGAGAUGAAUGCCCUCAUUCCUACAGAAGGCGGUGACUUUAAUGAAUUCCCAGUCCCUGAGCAGUUCAAGGCCCUAUGGAAUGGGCAGAAGUUGGUCACCACAGUGACAGAAAUUGCUGGAUAAGAGAAGUGCCACUGGGUUCUUUGCCCUCUCCCUCACACCUCUGGAUAAA